UACUCUGGCUCAGAGAUGGCACAGGCCAUGGAGCUGUAUGACACCCCUGCCUCCAAGCUGGACUCCUUCGUGGCUCAGUGGCUGCAGCCCCACCGGAGCUGGAAAGAAGAGAUCCUGGAGGCCGUGAAGACUGUGCAACAAUUCCUGAGGGAAGAGCACUUUGAGGGGGAUUAUGGGCCGGACCAGGAGGUGCGGGUGCUAAAAGUGGUCAAGGUAGGCUCCUUUGGGAAUGGCACAGUUCUCAGGAACACUUUGGAGGUGGAACUGGUGGUGUUCCUGAGCUGUUUCCACAGCUUCCAGCAAGAGGCCGAGCACCACCAAGCCAUCCUGAGUCUGAUACAAAAAAAGCUAUGGUGUUGCCGUGAUCUGCUGGCGCUUGGGCUUGAGGACGUGGAGAUCAUCCAGGGAGUCCCCGACGCUCUUGUCUUCACCAUCCAGACCAGGAGGACCGCAGAGAUCAUCACUGUCACCAUCGUGCCUGCCUACAGGGCCCUGGGGCCUUCUGCUUCCAACUCUCAGCCAUAUCCUGAGGUCUAUGAGAGUCUGAUUGAGGCCCAAGGUUUCCCUGGAAAUUUCUCCCCAUCCUUCAGCGAGCUGCAGAGAAACUUCGUGAAACAUCGGCCAACCAAGCUGAAGAGCCUCCUACGGCUAGUAAAACACUGGUAUCUGCAGUAUGUGAAAGCCAAGUGCCCCAGGGCUGCGCUGCCCCCUGACUAUGCCCUGGAGCUGCUGACUAUCUACGCCUGGGAGAUGGGCACUCAAGAGGAUGAGAGUUUCAGGCUGGAUGAAGGCUUUACCACUGUGAUGGAACUGUUCCAAGAGUAUGAGUUCCUCUGCAUCUACUGGACCAAGUAUUACACAUUCCAGAACCCAGUCAUUGAGGAUUUUGUCAGGAAACAGCUCAAAAGAGACAGGCCCAUCAUCCUGGAUCCAGCUGACCCCACCCACAAUGUGGCAGAAGGGUACAGAUGGGACAUAGUUGCUCAGAGGGCCCGCCAGUGCCUGAAACAGGACUGUUGCUAUGACAACAAGGAGAAACCAGUCCCCAGCUGGAAUGUGAAGAAGGCACGAGACAUCCAAGUGACAGUGGAACAAUGGGGUUAUUCAGAUUUGAUCCUUAGGGUGAACCCUUAUAAGCCCAUAAAGAAGAUUCAAGAGAAGAUGUGGCAAAGCCGGUGCUGCUCAGGCUUGCAGCAUCUGUACCUCCAGGAGCUGGGUGCCAAGCAGCAGCUCCUCAGCAGCCAGUACUCCUUGGCCGAUUACGGUGUCUUCUCCAACACUCGCAUCUGUCUGGUGGAGACCAACUCCCACGAGAUCCAGGUCUUUGUAAAGAAUCCUGAUGGUGGGAGCGAUGCCUACACCACUGACGCCAAAGGCUUCAUCCUGGGCCUGAAACAGCAGAUUGAAUACAAGCAAGGGCUACCCAGAAAGCAGCAGCAGUUGGAGUUCCAAGGUCAAGUCCUGAAGGAUUGGUUGCCUUUGCAGAACUAUGGGAUCCAGCACCGCGACACCCUUAUCCUCUCCAAGAAGAAAGCUGAAAGGUUUCCAUUUCUGCCCAGAUAAUACAGGACUCAGCCUAUCAACCACUUCUUCCAGCCCUUGCCUGGGGAGGUGUGGCGUCUUCACCAGCUUUGGAAACAGCCUAGCCCUGCCAGUAGGGGAACAAGGAGGGAUGG